CAACGAGCUGGUUCGGACAGCUUUACGCCUAGGACGCGAGAAUCAUUUAACAUACUUGACGAGUAUACAGAGAACCGAUACCGAACCUCGGGCGCCAUAAUAUGUCCAACAAUUGUAUUAUUACAUUUGACCAAAAUGAGCACGGGACAUAUUUUACAGGCCAAGUCGUAACCGGCAAGGUGAUUGUCAAUUUUAAUAAAUCGAAAAAACUCCGAGGUAUUAAACUACAGAUUUGCGGAUAUGCCUGCGCUCAGUGGCGUAGAAAACAUGGUCGCACGCUGGCCACCAACCAGGCGAACUUUAAGCCCGGACGCAAGCGUUUCUUUACUGGUCGAGAGGAUUACAUCGCCUCGACGACAUAUUUAAUGGGUUCUGAGCAAGGCCAGACGAUGACCAUUGAGGCUGGCACCUACACCUACACGUUUGCCUGUCCCAUACCCAACCAUUGUCCAUCAUCGUUCGAGGGUAUUUAUGGACAUAUACGUUAUCUGGCCAAGGUGAUAUUUAUACGUGCCGGCGCCUCAAAUCGCACCACCAACGUUGGAUUCACAGUGCUGAAAUUGCUCGAUCUAAAUCAGGAAAAUAAAAUACUGCGUGAACCGGCCAGCAGUGAGGCCAUGGAAUACUUUUGCUUCAUGUACGCAAAACCGGUGCACAUCAAGGUGACUCUGCAGCAGCAAGGCUAUGUGCCUGGGCAGUUUAUGCUCAUCCAUGCCGAUGUGCGCAAUGACUCAAGUGUCGACUGCUCCAAACUAAUGAUCAUGCUCUACCUACGCGCCACCUACACAGCCGAUAUUCCUGCAAUGCAAACUGUUUCCGAGAAGAUUAUGCUGGCCAAGCGCGAGAGUGGUCCUGUUGCUCAUCACUGCCAGAAGUCGUACACGGAAUCAUUCCGCAUUCCAGCCACGGCUCCCACAUGUGAACAUCUCAGCAAGGUGGUGCGAGUGUCGUAUGAAGUGCGCAUUAUCGCGGUCAUGAACUGGUUGAUGGCCAAUCCGAAGGUCGUUAUACCCAUUACCAUUGGCAAUGUACCAUUGGUCACCGUUGGACCAGCUGCUUCACCAGUCUGCGCCCCUCUGCCCAACGAAUUGCCAAGCACCUCAGCCAGAGCCAUGGAACUCGCAGCUGGCAUUCAGAACGGAGGCUACGAACAAACAGAGGAACUAGAGGAUUAUGAGCUACCAGAAGACGGUGACGAUGAAUUUGAGAUUGAGGAUAAUGUAGUACCAGAUCGACCUCCACCAACCUACGAACAGGCAAUGUUCAUGACCGCCGAUAUAGCGGACACGGAUGCCAAUACUGUGAGUGAGGCGGCUCGUUUCACUCCUCGAUAUCCCGUUUUUGACGUGGACACUUUCCAAAGUCCACCCCCUAAUCCUCCACCUAAGAAACGCCACCGUCGUCGUAGACGAGCUGAGCAGAAUGAUCAGAAGAAGCAGCCAAUGAAAGACCAAAGCCAAAGUAGGCAACAGGAGAGAGAGCCAGUGGAAUCGCCGGUCGAGAUUUGAGAAAUUUAUCAGUCACCCAUAUCUUAUCUUUACAGUAUUUAUAUUUUCAACUAGAGACAUGUGCUAUAUAUGAAGUUUGUAUGCUUAUACGUUAUUGUUUGCCAAAUAUCUUCAAAAGAUAUCAAAUAAAUAAACAAGCUUAU